AUGGCCGCCGCUUCUACUGCUGCUUCGGCUCAGCAGCCCACCGUUUUCCCCCACAGCCAUGUCGGUUUCGACAGCAUCACCUCCCAGAUCGAGCGGAAGCUGUUGAAGCGUGGUUUCCAGUUCAAUGUCAUGUGUGUUGGUCAAACCGGCCUGGGCAAAUCCACCCUGGUCAACACCAUCUUCGCAUCCCACCUGAUCGACUCCAAGGGUCGUCUCACCCCUCAAGAGCCCGUCCGCUCUACCACCGAGAUCCAGACUGUUUCGCAUAUCAUCGAGGAGAACGGUGUUCGCCUCCGUCUGAACAUCGUCGACACACCCGGUUACGGUGACCAGGUGAACAAUGACCGAUGCUGGGACCCCAUUGUCAAGUACAUCAAGGACCAGCACUCGGCAUACCUCCGCAAGGAGCUUACCGCGCAGCGUGAGCGUUAUAUCCAAGAUACCCGUAUCCACUGCUGCUUGUUCUUCAUCCAGCCCUCUGGCCAUGCUCUCAAGCCCAUCGAUAUCGUCGUUCUCAAGAAGCUGUCCGACGUUGUCAACGUCGUCCCCGUUAUCGCCAAGUCCGACUCCCUGACCCUUGAGGAGCGCCAGGCCUUCAAGGAGCGCAUUAAGGAGGAGUUCGCCUUCCACAACCUCAAGAUGUACCCCUACGAUAAUGAGGAGCUCGAUGAUGAGGAGCGCUCUAUCGACGCUCAAAUUAAGGAGAUCAUCCCCUUCUCCGUUGUCGGCAGUGAGAAGACCAUCGUCGUCAACGGCAAGCAGGUCCGCGGCCGCCAGAACCGCUGGGGCGUGAUCAACGUCGAGGACGAGACUCACUGCGAGUUCGUCUACCUCCGCAACUUCCUCACCCGCACCCACCUGCAGGACCUGGUCGAGACCACCAGUCAGAUCCACUACGAGACCUUCCGUGCCAAGCAGCUGCUUGCUCUGAAGGAGAGCAGCGCCCAGGGCGGCCACUCCACCGGUGGCAGCCGACCCAUCAGUCCCUCUGCGGAGCGGGAGCUGAGCCGCAACUCCCAACGCGGUGGCAUGAACGGUUACUAG